AUGUGGAUGCUGGUACUGGGUGGGGCUUUCCUGGCAGCCGCCCAGGCCUGUGUCUUCUGCCACCUCCCAGCCCAUGACUUGUCGGGCCGUCUGGCACAGCUAUGUAGCCAGAUGGAGGCCCAGUGGAAGGACUGUGAGGCCUCUUGGAACUUCUCAGCCUUUGCCUUAGAUGAGGUGUCCAUGAACAAAGUCACAGAGAAGACUCAUAGAGUCCUGAGGGUCAUGGAGAUCAAAAGGUCUUUCUCCUCACUCCCUUUAUAUUGGCAAUGGCUUCAAAAGACCAAGCUUCCUGAGUACACUAGAGAAGCUCUCUGCACUCCUGCCUGUUGGGGCAGCACCAUCCUGUACAACUGUUCCACCUGCCAGGGCUUUGAGGUGCACUGCUGGCCCCAAAAACGCUGCUUUCCAGGAUCUUUGGGAAGCCAGGAUUCUGAUCCUCUCUGUCUUUGGAACUGUCCUGUUCCUGGGUGUCCUGAGCCUUGUGGUGGAGUUCCACCUCCUUGAAGCAAAAAGGGACUUAUGAAGAUGCUGACAGAUCCCAGCCUCCAGCUGUUCAACAUAUGGGACCUGUCCUUGUUUUCACACUCAGCAUGCAGUGAAUCGACCACUUCUGCCUAUUUGUGAAGGACCUCUACUAGAUCUGUCCCCUCCUCCCACCCUAUGGCGCCCAGCCUGCUUUAGAACCAUCUCACGUGAACUUGUCUCCCAGAUAUGCCAUCUGACUUUGCCUGCUCCCCCCAAAUUCAUUGCACCCUCAGGGACCAUACUGGUCUUAAAAUUCCACAUGCUCACAACCUCCUGUGGAGCAUCAAAUGAUGGUUAAGAAUUUGGGCUUUGGAGUGGAGCUUCAAAUCCCGGCUCUGUCUCUUAGUGGAUCUUGGGCAAGUUAUUUAACUUCUUGA